AUGCACACAUUGAACGAUGAAUCGGCCAAUUUGAUUCCAUCUAGUAUUUUCCACUCGAUGUUGAUCGAUGAAGUUAGCAGGUUGACGGUCACCUUCGACAGGAUUUUAUUCCUGUGGAGCACCAAGGAGUUCGCCAGCGCCAAGAACCGGCGAUCGUUUCGAAUCAACGUGGAGUACGACUAUGCCGUUCGAGUGCGCUGGAGUCCCGAUGGACGGGCGCUGGUUGCGUACAAGUACAGCGAGGGUUGCGUCGAAGUUUACAAGGUGGACAAAUCCGACGGUUGGUUCCUAAAUCCGACCAAGGGUAGUACUUUCCCGCGAGCCCACAUGGAAGAUAUCGUUGGCUUCGGCAUUGCACCGGAUGGAAAGUACCUCAUGACCUGCUCUAACAAAACCGAUCUGACCGUUUGGGACGUACGAGGUAACGUGUUGGAGAAGAUCGAUACUUUUCUGAUGACAACCUACAAUGCAAUUUCUCCUUGCGGGAAAUUCAUCGGGGCCUGCGGCUUCAUGAGUGAUGUUCCUUGUGGGAGGUGA